AUGGCUGAGCAACCGCCUCGCGCGGUCGCCAUGGACCCGCCUCACAUCACCGAGUUCGCUUCAGAGCGGUACUUCGAAAAGCUUAGCCAGCUUAAUGCUAGCCAACAACAACAACAACAGCAGCCACAGCAAUUGCCUGAUGCUUCAGAAGCACCAGCAACAACUACCCCGUCGAGCUCCGCCGCGGUAGCUUCAUCAACAUUCAUCCUUCCCUUGAGGGAAACCAAAACCGUUGAGCCAGAGCCGACGAAGCACGUUGAACAGAAGAAAGACAAGAGCCGCUUCUUUAGCCUUCGCCACAAGGUAUCCUUACUACAUUCAAAGCCACAUGCUGUCGAUGUCGAGACACCCCUUCCGAUCAGAGCCUCUACUGAGUCGACACGGAAAAGUGCUGCUCCGUUCGAUCAAUCAUUUCUAGCCCUUCCAAACGAACUUCAAGUUCAAAUAUUGUCGUCUUUACCUCUUACCGAUAUCCUCAGUCUGAGGCUCGCCUCAAAAACGUGGCAUAGCCUGAUUACUGCAAACGAAGCACCGAUUGUGCGAUAUCAUCUUGACACUCACAUUCCUGCCUACGCUCUUCGCCUGUACCCGAUUGUCGACCAGACGGAGAUCAAGCUUCAUUAUUUAUGUAGUUUGUGGCACCGAUUGCACGUUGCUGCAAAGCUUGCACACCUCAUGUGCGAGUGGAUAACAAAAGAAAUAUUCCUGCGUCAAUCGGAAGCGCAACAACUAGCAUUUGCCCCCCAACGAGAGCGUAUGCGUCGCCGACUAAUUCCUCUUCUCUUCACCGUUUUCCAUUUCUUUGAGACAUAUCGAAAGCUGCACCUCAAGCAUAUUGCGGACCACGAUGGACAUGGAUUGAAGAAGGAGCCUUAUACCCUGAACCCAAUCGAGGCUGAGAUCAUGAAUAUGUAUGACGACCAAACUCUGUUACGGGUCCACGAAGUAUUCCCUCUGGUCAUCUCUUCCUUCUGUCGACGGUUGCGACCUCCUACUUAUGUGGGUCGUGUUGAGAGGUCGCUCCGAGGUUACCUACGAGACCGCCCAUCUGACGAAAUUCAUUCCGCAAUCUUGUGUAUUGGUGGCUUGCGACAGGUAGAGAGGCUAUGGGAGAUCAAAGGCUACAACAAUCGGCGGGCUGCUGUUGAUGUGUGGCAUAAUUCCUUGACCAAGGACGGCAGGGAGCACCCCAUGGAACCUCCCCCGGUCAAGUCACGGCUCGGUCUCAAGGGGUUUGGACGCAAGAAGUCAACAAGCGGCGACCGACCUGUGCAUAGGUCAUCAUUUAGUGAGGCGUACGGCAAGACUAGAAGCCCCACAGGUUCCAUCGACGCCAGCUGCAUGGAUACAGGUCAUGAUUUUAACUGGGUUUUUCAUACAAGCUUGGCAGCUGAUGUUCCUAUGUCGGCCCUUAGCUACGAGGAUGCACAAAAAUUACUGGACGACACCCCCGUCCUACAACAAAUAUGGCUCACUACGGCUGAGGCUUUGAUUCUUGACAGACGUAUUGUGUCAAGAACUCAGGAUAUCAAACGAAAUCAGCAAGUCAUGCUGGACCUCAUCCGCGAAGAUGGGCUCGACGAAGAGGACGAGUGGUGGUACGGUCGGAGUAACCCCGAUUCAGUUCGGCCGUCAGCUAGCGCCAUAGAUGACGAUGCCGAGUAA